CUGGGUAGUUUGGUUGACGCAAUCGGGGCUGCCUACUGCCUACCCCAGAUUCAUUCCAUCCAGGCAACAUGCUUAAUUUCCAAAGGAGGCUAAGAAGGAAUUUUAUUAUAGAAUUUAUGAAUAGCACUAACUAGCCGGCGAACCCGCCCGAGACCGAAAUUUAUCAAAGGCAGAGAGAGCAGCGAUCGAUCUCUUGGUGCUUGACUCCUGAUCAUCAUGAGUCUUUCCUCUACCAUGAAAUCCCAAGAAGCCUCUUCUUCGAAUUCUCGACAUCCGUAUGAAGUGUUCCAAGAAGCCUCUCCUUCGAAUUGUGGACAUCCGUAUGAUGUGUUCUUGAGCUUCAGAGGCAAAGACACUCGCAAGGCUUUCACUGGCCACCUUUACAACGCUUUGGACGUUGCCGGAUUUCGCACAUUCAGAGAUGAUGAUGAAGUAGAAAAAGGAGAAGAGAUCAAGUUUGAACUGAAGAGAGCAAUCCGAGAGUCAAGGAUGUCAAUAAUUGUCUUCUCAAAGAGCUAUGCAUCAUCGACCUGGUGUCUUGAUGAGCUAGUGAUGAUCAUGAAGAAGCGCAGGACUUCUCGACAUGAAGUACUCCCUGUCUUCUAUGAUGUGGAUCCAAGUGAUGUGAGGAAGCAAAAUGUUAGCUUUAAAGAAGCAUUUACAAGUCAUGAAACAGGAGAACGAAAAGAGGAAUUGAAAGACAAAGUUGGACCAUGGAGGGCUGCACUUGCAGAAGUUGCAGGUCUAGCCGGGAUGGACUUAAGUCAAGCUGAAGGAAACGAGGCAAGUUUUAUCAAAAAAAUUGUAACUGUGGUUGAAGACAAACUAAGUCGCACGAUGUUGGACAUUUUCCCCCACUUGGUUGGAAUAGAUUCGCGAGUCAAAAACAUUCAGCUUUGGUUAGAAGACGGGCAGCGGCAUGGGCCAAUUAAUUUUGGCAUAGUUGCAAUUUGUGGAAUGGGUGGUAUAGGCAAGACAACCAUUGCAAAGUAUCUGUAUAAUUUGAUCUCCUCAAAAUUCGAAGGCAGCUGUUGUUUUCUUGCAGAUGUAAGAGAAAAUUCACAAACACAAGAUGAUUUACUUGGUUUACAAAGAAAGCUUCUUUCAGCUAUUUUGAAGAAAAGAGAAACAAAAAUAAAUAGUAUUGAUGAAGGAACUGCUAAGAUUAGAGAUGCCAUGUCUCGCAAAAAAGUUUUUGUAGUUCUUGAUGAUGUGGACACAAUUGAUCAAUUCGAUGCAAUACUUGGAACAAUACUUGGAAUGCGAGAUUGGCUUUUUCGAGGUAGUAAAAUCAUCAUAACCACCAGGCAUGAGGAGUUGCUUGGGGCUAAUGAAUUCUAUAAGGUGCAUAGGGUUAAAAUCCUGAGUCACAAGGAAUCAUUAGAGCUCUUUAGCUGGCAUGCCUUUGGAAAAUGUUGUCCCAACAAUGGUUAUGGAGAGGUCUCCGAAAGGGCAGUAAGCUACUGUGGAGGGCUUCCAUUAGCAGUUAAAGUUGUAGGUGCUUCUCUAUCAGGGAAAGGCAUACAUGUAUGGGAAAGUCGACUGCAAAAAUUGAAAGCAAUUCCUGAUGGUAAAAUCCAUGAAAAACUCAAAAUAAGCUAUGACUCUUUGCCGGACGACCACGACAAGAAUCUAUUUAUCCAUCUUGCUUGUUUGUUUAUUAAUGACGUCUUAUAUCUCAUGGACGAUAAUAUAAUUACGAUCUUAGACAGUUGUGGAUUUUACACAAUGGUUGGGAUCCAAACCCUCAUGGAUAGAUGCCUGUUAUCGAUUGAUGAACAUAGUAAACUACUCAAGAUGCAUCAGUUGCUUCAAGAAAUGGGAAGACAAAUUCUUCGUGAUCGAGAGUCAUCGAAGGCACUGGGAGAACGUACCAUCCUUUGGAAUCAGGACGCACUUAUUGUAUUGAGCGGAAAAACUGGCACUGACAAAGUCGAAGGUCUUACACUCCAUAUGGGCUUGUGCAAGGAAGAUGAGAAUGGUAGCACGGACUUUGGUGCCAAUAGAAAACGUUGUUGCGGAGAGUUCCUUGGGCAGCCCUUCUUGGCAAAUUUUUGUCGUUCCCUUAAAAGAUAUGGUUUCAACAUCUUUUCCUCUAGUCUUGAAGCCACUGGUCCAGAAACUUUAAAUCAAAAAGCUUUUGAAGCUGAUGCAUUUGGAAGGAUGCAUAAACUCAAAUUUCUAAAGCUCCAAGGUGUACAUAUCAAUGGACCCUACAAAAUGCUUCCCAAAGGAUUAAAAUAUUUGCGCUGGAAUGGAUUUCUGCUUAAUUCCAUACCUAGUGAUUUCCCUUUGGAGAACCUAACUGCUCUUGACAUGAGCUAUAGCAGCUUGAAAAAUGUGUGGGAGGGAACAAGGUUUCUAGAGUUAUUAAAAACCCUCAAUCUAAGCCAUUCUCCUAAUCUCGUCAGAACUCCCGACUUUUUAGGAAUCCCCAAUCUAGAGAGAUUAUUCCUUCACGAUUGUAGAAGUUUGGUUGAGGUUCAUGAAUCCAUUGGAAGUCUCGAGAGACUUGUUUCGUUGGAUUUAAGAGAUUGUAAAAGUCUGAGGAAGCUUCCAAGAAGCAUCGGCAAGCUAAAGCAUUUGGAAUCCCUUAACCUCUCAGGUUGCCCAAAUCUUGACGAAUUGCCAACGAACACGGGUAGUAUGGAUUCUCAAUCUCCCUCGGCCAGUGGGGAGGUGAACGCAAUGCAAUCUUUCUUCCCGCCUUGGCUGUUGAAGCCAAGAGAAAGUCCAGAAAUAUCACGGACUUCUUUAUCACAGUCCUUGGUGAAAUUAAAUCUUGCCGACUGCAAUCUUUCAGACGAUGAUUUUCCCAGAGAUCUUGGCGACCUAUGCUCGUUGGAGUAUUUAAAUCUGGCGCGUACUCAGAUUUCCAGCCUCCCAGAUUUCAUCAGAGGUCUUACCAGGCUCGUGGUCCUUGACAUAAAUGGCUGUCCAAGGCUCCGGAAACUUGAAGGGCUCCCACAAGUAGACACGUUGAUUCCUGGAAAUAAUCCAUUGUUGGAGGAAGUAACCGUUCAAGUCUUUUACUGUUCAAAAACUUCUGGUCGUUUGGAUACAUGUGACCAUGUAGAUAAGCCGCUGGGCGUAUUCAAAAUAGAACCCAUAGAAAAUGUUGCAGCUGAGAUUACUCAACGUUUGGGCUUGUCGAACUUGCAGUCCAUUGGAAAGCAAAAUGUAAAGAUAUCGACAAGGUAUGGCAUGAACCAACGGAAGCUUCCCCUCCAGGGAUGUCAUGAAAGACAUAUAUUCUCUGCUUACCUUCCUGGUAGCAAUGUACCAGAGUGGUUCAGUUUUAAGAAUCUAGGAGGAUCAUCAGUUGAUUUUACUGUGCCUUCAAAUCCUAAUUCCAGAGUACGAGGCUUGAGUAUCUGUUCAGUGUAUGAGUUGUCAUGUGCUCCGCUCGAUUAUCGUUGGGAAGGAGACCAACACACCAUCGUAAGUAACAAAACAAAGGGUUUGGUUUGGAGCUAUUGUCCGGGGGUUUUUGGGGUUGGAGAAGCUGGAGAGGAUAUGAUGUGGUUAAGUUAUUGGAAGUAUGGAAAACAAUUAUUGGAAGCUGGUGAUGAACUCCAUGUUUCAGUGUUUGGAGGGCCAUGUGUGCUAGUGAAGGAGGUUGGAGUCUGUGUUCUAUACAAUGAAGAACAAGAAGCAGAGUUUAGGGCAAUUCACGGAAAAGCCCCAAUGGAAGAACUGCCAGAAGCCGCCAUGAUUUUGAUGAGUUCCCGAUCAGACAUUAAUGAAGAACAAGCAGCAGAGCUCAGGGCGAUUCGGGGAAAAGCCCCAAUGGAAGAACUACCAGAAGUCACCAUGAUUUCGUUGAGUUCCCAAUCAGACAAUGAAGAAAAUGUGUCCCAUCAAAUCUAUCAAUUUGGAAAUAUCAUUACGGGAAAUGUUUCAGCACAUCAACCGAGGAGAACAAAAUUGUACCAAAUCGGUUUGCAUGGUGAUCGAUGUGAGUAUUGCCAAGAAAUGUACCCUCGACCUUGGAUCACUGCCAUGUCUCGUACGUUUUGGGAUACUGAAUGUUGGGCUCCAAGACUGCUGGUGCUGCCUUCAUACUAUGUUUCUGAUUCGCUCAGAGUCGAAGAAGAUCUUGCACAACAAGAAACGUCACAUUGUCGAGCAAUGUCUUGCAAACCCCGCUAUGGUCUCAUAUGUUAUUAAAAACGCUGAUUUAGGCCCCGCUAUGUGUUAUAUUCUUUUCAUAACGUUGUCGGCAUGCUCUGGUUUAUGUACUUUUAAUAGGGAGAUUUUGGCAUGUUAUGUUCGAGAUAUUUGUCAUAGUACGCUUUUUUUGUUUUUUUAACAAAGUCGGUACUCUUUACCUGA